GACGAGGGUGGACCCCAGAACACGAGACUUGGCUGCCAACGAGGAUGCUUUUCCUGGCGGCGCUCGUGCUCUUCUUGGUGACAUCGCUGCUUGUUGUUAUCGUCGUCUUCUGCGCUAAUGACACGAGCGACGGGUUCAUGGGACGCCUCCAUCGAUGGCUGCUCAACGACGUGCCCAAUGCACUGAGCGAUGGCAUCUUGCGUCUCUGCGGUGAGCGCGCCCACCGCCACGUGGUCGCCACCGUGCAGUAUGUGCUCCACGAGCGUAAUCCGCUCAUGCAGAUGGUCUACCUCUUGCUCGUGGGCGGUGGCUACGGCCUCUUUCUGAUUUACGGCCAACCGUUGAUUCCCAAUGUCUACCUUGCCCCGCACCACACGAUUUGUGUGUUGUUCCUGGCUACAGCCGCGCUCUGCACCUUUUUCCAGGCCUCUUCCACGUCCGCUGGCAUCUUGAACGAGCGCACGUCACGAUGGCACGAUCAUUACCCGUUCGACGGCGUCAUGUAUAAGAAGGACAACACGUGCAGCACCUGCAAGUGCAUCAAGGUCGCUCGUUCCAAGCACUGCACGGUGUGCAACGUCUGUGUCCCGCGCUUUGACCACCACUGCGGGUGGCUCAAUGCGUGCGUGGGCGAGCGCAACUACAAGAGCUUUCUUGCCUUCAUCAUCACCAACGCAUGCUUCCUCCUCUACGGCGCCUACGUGCUUACUUGCAUCCUGCUCAGCGAAGUGGUGACCCUGCAGCUCUUCCAGUCGCAGUUUGUCGACCAGGCAACCGGCGCGCCGACGAACGCGACGACGUUCAUCGUGUUUCGCUACAUGCUUCACAUCCAUCCGGUCAACAUGAUGCUUCUCUUCAUCUGCGUCGUCAUGGGCGCGGCCCUAACCUGCUUUUCGCUCUUCCAUUUGCGUCUUGUCGCGCAGAACCGGACGACCAACGAGUUUUUCAAGCAACGCAGCUUGCGCACGGCGACGCGCGACGCGUAUACGCUCGAGUCGUUCUGGGCCAAUGUUGCCGAGGUGCUCUUCCCCGUUUGCGACCAGCGCCUCCAAAAGGCGCUCGACCUCCAUCACGCCAAGGCCAAGCAAGAGUAAGCAGCAAGCAACAACAUGGCAUCUUACUCGUCAAGGGCCAACGCAGCGACGGUCGAUGGCAUGGACGCGCGCACCGACCGCACGCGCGCCGGCGUUACGUAUCCUGUCAACGACUCGGCGGGCGUUGCGCCGUGCGAGACAAACCGGCGACUGAUCCACUCGGCCGUCAAGCACGCAUAGAUGCCGCAGUCGACGCCGUUGGUUUGCUGGGCACACGCCAUGGCUUGGACGGUUGCGGUCGCCGGGUCUUGGCCGAGCGCGAGCAAGAGGACGCGUGCGAGCUCGUAAGCGCUGUCGAUAUUGUGGUUGCUGCUCGAGUCAUAAAACUCAAACGCGUUGGUCGCUUGACGGUA